AUGGCCAGCAAUUCGACAUUAGAUCCAGUACUUGAAUAUCCAUAUAUGGAUUCAGUAGACCGGAUGAGAAUUUAUCCGAACAUUUAUGAUGGAGGAGCGCCUUAUCCAUCGGAAAGCAUUUAUGGGAGUUCAAUUGGGCAAGGUAAUACCAUGGGCAUCGCCCCUUAUAGGGAAUUUGUUCCAAGUAAUUAUAAUGGGGUAGAUUCUACAUAUACCAAUCUGGGGUACUCUUCUGUGUAUGAUGAGCAGGACUAUUUCUUUCGGGAACGGUUGAACCAUAAUCCAUAUGCUGAGGACAUGCGCAUAUCUCGGUCCUCGUCUUCUUCGAGGGCAAAUCUCUAUCCUUCCUCGAUACCACAGUCACAAGGGAGCUCGGCUCAUAUGGGAGGUCAAUACCCAGCGCGAUCCAGUAUGGUUCCCUCGAACGAUUCGAAGAAGCUAAAGUCCAAGCCGGUUGACUUGUCACACUUGUACUUGGUUAACACCAAAGACAGUGUAAAAUUGACUCAAACAAAUGAGUCGGUUGCUCACUAUUCUCACAAGGUUAUAAGUGAAUGCUUGGGGGAGGAUAAGAACGCGGUUUUGCUUCCUAGGUUGAAAGCUUUAGAUAUGUACAGGAAGAACGUCAAGAAGUCGAAGGAUCCCGACGUUAUGUUUCAAUACGCCCAGUACAUGUUGCAAACCGCUCUAACUAUGGAUAUCGCUCCAGGAGAGGGUUCGGGAGAUGAAAAGGAGAAUUCUAAGAAGGCACAACAAAAUGAGAACUUGAAGAAUCAAUUCUUGAAGGAGGCCAAGCUUUACUUGACAAAACUCAGUGUUAAAGGUUACAAAGAUGCACAGUAUUUGCUUGCUGAUGCAUACUCAUCGGGUGCCUUUGGAAAAGUGAAUCAUAAAGAUGCUUUCCCACUGUUCCAGUCGUCAGCAAAGCAUGGACAUAUAGAAGCCGCAUAUAGAACUGCUGUGUGUUUCGAGAAAGGCUUGGGUACAACCAGAGAUUCUCGUAAAUGCAUUGAAUUCUUAAAAUUUGCAGCUUCAAGAAACCACCCUGCUGCGAUGUUUAAACUAGGUUUAUAUUCAUUUCAUGGACGUAUGGGUUUACCACAGGACGUUAAUACGAAACAGAAUGGUAUAAAAUGGUUAUCUCGUGCAGCUGCUAGGGCGAAUGAAUUAACUUGUGCUGCACCUUUCGAGCUAGCUCAAAUUUACGAGAAUGGGUUUUUGGAUAUUGUCAUUCCUGAUGAGAGUUAUGCCACUGAACUAUAUGUCCAGGCUGCUUCACUUGGUCAUGUAGCUUCUACUACAAAGUUAGGAAAGAUGUAUGAGCAAGGGAAUGAAGUUAUUCCACAGGAUGCCUCUCUCAGUGUUCACUAUUAUACCCAAUCAGCCCUGAAGGGUGACCCGGAAGCUAUGUUAGGGCUUUGCGCAUGGUAUUUAGUCGGCGCACCACCAGCAUUAGAACUAGAUGACCGCGAAGCAUUCCAAUGGGCUCUAAAAGCAGCUAAAAAAGGGUACGCAAAAGCACAAUAUACAGUGGGUUAUUUCCAUGAGAAUGGUAAGGGAUGUAAGGAAGAUAUCUCAAUGGCGUAUAAAUGGUAUGAAUGUGCUGCAGAAAAUAAUGAUCCAAGAGCGAUUAAAAAAAUAGCUUCACGGAAAGCAUCCAAGAAAAGAAGCAGCAUCUUCUUUGGGUUCCCUUUCAGCAAAUCCGAUGACGGCGAUAAAUCCACAAUAGAGCUUGAUGAUAUAACAGAAGAAGCUACUUCAGAUGAUAAUAAUAAUAAUAAUAAUAAUAAUAAUAAUACGAAUUCUAACUCCAAUUCUACUACUAGCAGUGGGGAUGACGUCAAGAUCAGGGACUACAAAAAUAAAAAAACUAAUGAGGUUGACAGUUAUAGGCCUAAUACAAUGAGUAGCAUUGGAAGUAUUGACGUUCUCAACGUUAUUACGGAAGGAAACUCACCGGAUAUUGAAUUUGACGAUCCAACAUUUCCAUCAUACUUGCGGAAAUCUUCCACACCAACAGAUGCUAUGUACGCGGCUAAGGAUUGCCGGGAUCAGUCAAAGAAUCAACUUAUUCCCAUGCACCCCCCACCAAAUGCAGCCCAUUUAUUCAGUUCAAUGAGUGCAUACGACUCGAACUAUACAACUUCACAGAAUAGGAAGGAACAUUCUCAUGUUUCUAAACAUUCGCGUUCGACAUCGAGAUUGGACCCUUUAAUAAGAGGCUCAAAACCUCGUCCACUUGACAACAUUUAUCUACGUUAUUCACAAGAAGCUAAUCAUGGAUAUGGUAAUCACGGAUAUGGUAAUCGCUGGGCUGAGCCAUACGCUCACAACUCAGUACCGUCCGGUGUCGAUGGUAAAAAGGGCUAA